AUGUCUCUGCGUCGGGUUUUCAGCCGGCCCCAGUCCGCGGGGCAGGCUGCAAACACAUACUCCGACUCAGAGGCCCACGCCGUACGCUUCGCCACACCCGCCGAACGGGUGAUAGAGCAGCUCACGGCAGACCUGUUGGACGCCCAGCGCUUCAUCGCCAAGUUGCAACAGGCACAGCAGGAUUCCGAAACCCAGAUUCGGAAACUGCGAGGUUUGGGCGACUACAAGGCUGCGCAUGACCGGCUGGCCAAGGAGCUCUCACAGAGUCAAAAGCAGUGUCAAUCGCUGGCAGCCCAGCUGCAGGCCACACACUCGGCCCUCAACCACUCCCAAGGUAGCACGGCCCAGACCCUAGCUCAGCAGAGCGCCAUGAUCGAGGAGAUGCGACGCAAGGCCCGGUCCCAGGACUCCGAGCUCCCGCGGCGCGUGGCGACGUCGCUGGCCACGCUGCAGGAGCAGGCGGCGGCGGGCGAGGCGGAGCUGCUGGCGCGCCUGCGCGAGCAGGCGUCCGAGCUGGCGUCCUCACGCGCACGAGAGGCGGCGUUGGCCGCGCAGGUGGAGGCGCAGGCUGCCACCAUCCGCGAGAACGGGGAGCUGGUAGAGGAGGGGCGCCAGCGCGUGCUGCAGGUGCUGGACAGCCUGAGCCGCGAGGGGCAGGCGCUGGAGUCGCAGCGUGCGGCGCAGGCCGACGCGCGCGUCGCGCGGCUGGAGUCCGAGCUGGCGGACAGCCGCGUGCGCGCGGUGUCGCUGGCGGCCGCUCUGGAGGGUGUGCGCGGCGAGCGCUCCGCGCUGGCGCGCAGCCUGGACGAUGUCUGCGCGCGCGCCGAGCGCCUGGCGCGCGAGGUGGAGCGCCUGCGUGGGGCCCGCGGCGAGGGUGAGGACGGCGCGGCGCUGGACGCCGGCCACGACGACGCCCGCGACGCGGAGGUGCGGCGCCUGCUGGCGGUGAUUGAGGUGCUGCGCGGCGAGGUGGGCGGCGUGCCCCUGCCCCGCGCCGAGGCAGUGGCGGUGCGUGACUCGCUGGCCGAGAAGCUGGCGGAGCAGGCGUCGAGCCACGAGGCGCUGCUGGCGGCGUACGCGGACCUUCAGUCGCGCGUCAAGGCGCUGAGCGUGGAGCUGGACGCGGCGCGCGAGGCGGCCGCGCGCGGCGCGGGCGCGCUGGCCGCCGAGGCGACGCGCUCCGCGGCGCUGGCCCGCGACCUGGUGCGCGCGCGAGAGGAUGCGCGCCCUGUGCAGCUGAUGCUGGUGCACGUGCGCGAGACACCGCAGGAAGCGCUGGCCUCCUCGCCACGCGAGCUGGCCUGGUUGCAGAUCGAGUGCCAGCGCCUGGGCGAGGAGAACGAGGCCCUGGCCGCCGCCGCGGAGGCCAUGCAGGAGGAGCUGAGGGCCAGCGCCGCACUGCUGCGCCACUCCAACCCCAACCAGAAGAUCCAGUACACCCAGCGCCUGAAGCUGGAGCUGGAGGCGCUGCGCAAGGAGUGCGCCGCCGUCACCCGCGAACGCUUUACCCUGGAGCAGUGCAUCAGGUACCUCGCGGUCCUGGCUGGGCACACGGAGGCGGCGCACCUGUCCCAGGAUGCCACGGGCCUGCAGCCCAGAGUGGCGGCGGCCGCCAUCCUGCCAAAGUCUCUGGCCGGCGAGCAGCGCUUCUCCGUCGGCCUCAUCAGCGCCCGCCAGUUCCAGGGCGGCACGGAAGCCCCGGAGCCGCUGAGUCCGCGGGUCCUGGCCCGCGAGUCGAGCGACGUGAGCGACCUGGGCCUCACCCCGAGGUCCGGCACCGGCACAGCCGGCGGGGAGAGGGAGACGGUGGAGGUGCGCAUCCUGCGCCACAUCUCCCGCGUGUACAGUACUGAGCUCUCCUGCUCCAAGAAGAUCCUGGUGACCCUCACACUGGCCAACAACAAGCUGUAUGCCUCUGAUGAGCUGCAGUUCACCCUCUCCUGCGUGAACAGUGCCACUGGAGUCUGUCCCUGCCCGUGCGACUACGCCACCGACGCCACCUGCACCUGCCGCGACCUGGCCCGCAACAUGACCAUCUCCAUGACCAAGGGCGCGGUGUAUGCGCUCUACCCGCUCACCUUCAGCAGGCGGUACCAGGGCGCGCCGACGGAGACCAUCGUGACCACGACGGUGGAGAACUGUAACGACGAGUAUGGGGCAGUGGCUCCCACCUGCGGCUGGGCGACCCUCAACGGCGUCAAUGUCCUGGACUCGCAAGGCUUCUGCUGUGAGUGCACACUGGUCAACGGAUACUGGACCAACUACAUGCGCGGCAGUCUGUACUGCCCCGCUGCCGCAGGCAAGUCUCCGUCCCAGUACCUCGCCUCCGCGCACUGCCUACGCUUCAACGACGACUGGUGGUUUGUGGGGUACGUGGUGGGCAACUACCAGAUGGACUUCAACAUCGCCUUCAACGUGACGACCACCAAGACCGGCGGCACCAACGCCACCAGCGAGACCCUGACCGUGAACCCCUCCGUCCCCAUUGUGCGCUCGGCCGACAAGACUGUGACGGCCAGCCUGCUGGGGGACCUGGCAUCCUACUCCCAGAUCCCCAACCUGGCAAACCACUACCUGAUGGUCAUCCUGGACAGCCUGAGCGACACCCCCUCCGUCGCCUUUUCCAAGAACAAGGAGACCUGGAUGCUGCUGGAUCCAGCGCUGGUGGACCCUGCGGGUCUCACCUGCGACAAGGUUGGCAUCACCUACUCAGGCUUCCGGGUGAACCUGGCGGAUAAGUGCAACAUCCCAAAUGGGUACUGCCUGCGCAACCAGCUGGUGGACCUGUACUACGCCGACGUGGAGAGGAUCAACGCAGGUCACGACCCACUAUACUUUGUGACAAAGUACAGUGGUGGCGUGCAAAACGAGCGCCAGAUGACAUACAGCCUGAGCUCCUCUGGGAAGACGACAUUUGUACUGAACCUGCCCGUGCCCUCCCUGACCCAGAGCCUGGUCACGCUGGCUGUAUCUGCUGACAGCGUGCAGUUUGUGUCCAACACCUCGCCGGCUAAGAUCCAGAGCACCCAGCUCUGCACGCUGUAUGACGUGCAGUGUGGGACCUUUGAGUCCCUCGAGGGGUCUGGCUACCUCACUGUGACGCUGGAGAAUACGGGAACCCUGACUGCCGACUACUACGUCAGCCUGACGAGCUGCAGCGACAACGUGGUGAAAGCCCUGGCCCAGUAUGCCACGAUCAAGGCUGGCGCAAAGUACAACUUUGUUUUCACCAUCACCAUGGCCACCGACCAGGCCACGUCCUCCACCUGCUCUGUGGAGGUGAGGGACUCCCAGGGCGACCUCCUGGACAGCACCGCCGUCACAUGGGCCACCCUCGGCACGGACUACGGCCAAGAACCACAGGAAGGAACCGCCUCGCCUCCGGUGGGCGACGCCGGGAGCCAUUGGUGCUGGGCCUUGGCCUUGCCAUGA